UAAAACCCAGGAAAUUGACUUUUUAUUGCAAUUUUCCAUCUAAAAACACUUUCUUGCCCCUCGAGGAGUCUGUCAGUGGUGAAAAUUCCCAGUACAUAUUGAAAAUAUAGUGGAAAAUUGACUUAGGGAAGCUUCUCUGCAUCUCAUGGAAAUGCAUGGAAUUUCCGGUUUGUGCUGCAAGAAAUGAGGUCAGAUGACACGGAAGUGCUCCUUCUGAUACCCCCUGACUUCUUCAUUGUACAAGAAACUGGCAAUCUCUGCAGCUCAGAGUGCCUGGAAGCCCAGGAAACUUUCCGGACAUCUGUGAACAUUGAAGGCAGGAUGGACGCGUCAUUUCUGAAGGAAAUCGACUCUUUUCUCCAGGAGAAGACAGAGAAAUCCGUCAUCAAUCUCAGUGACAUCUCGCUGAGAGAUCUUCAGCCUCUCUCGUGCGGUGGAGACAUUCACGAGAAGGCUCAGAGUGCUCUUCAGCGUCACUCGGAGUCGAUGACGAGGCAGAAAACGCUUCCGUCCGCUUGCAGGAGCAUCGAUUUCUCCGCUCAACCACCGGAAGUGCCACUGAUCAGCCUCAGUGAGUUAUGGUCGUCCAAAGGAGGCGGAACAGAGUCUGCUAGUCUGCAAGAGGAGCGCCUGAGGAGAGAGCACUGCGAGAAGAGUAUCCAUUUGCUGCAGGCGCGUAUCCUAGAAUACCAACAAAAGCUCGUGGUGGCGAUGGAAGUGGACAGAACCAAAGACGACACAAUUGCGAAGCUACAGGAGAAUCUGAAGCGCCUGGAGUCACAGAAUCUCCAUCUUAAUGUGGAAUUGAGGGAGAGAAAUGGCGAGGUUGAGCGGAGAUGCGCUGUCCUGGAGACGGAAUUGAGGAAAUCCGUGGAAAUGGCGAGAGAUCUCCAGGACAGAAAUGAAGUGUUUCACUCGAAAGUCAUCCAUUUGACCAAAGCCAAUGAGGACGUGAAGGAGAUCACGAGGAAGCAGAUGGAAGAUUUGCAAGUGAGGCUCUCGAACAGCCUGAAAGUGGAGCAAUUGCUGAAUGAUGACCUCGUGAAGGCGAAGACAGCCACGGAAGAGGAAAAAUUAAAGCUGAAAGACAUGGAGAGAGAGAUUCAGGAAGCACGAGCGAAGACUGAAAUGGUUCUGAGAGAGAAAUCCUCCCUGCAGACAGCCUUCGAUCUGCUGAACGAGAAGCUCAAGUCCACAUCUGAAGACACUCAGGCUCAGCAGUCUUAUCUCAAGUCAUACUAUCAGAGCCAACUGAACAGCGUCGUGGGUGAAAAAGUUAAGGAGUUCCAGCAACAACUGGACGCUGCUGAGGCGGAGGCGCACAAUCUGGGACGUCUCUGUGAGAAGCACGAGCAGGAAAUCUCACUGCUGACAGAGAAACACUCGGAGGAGCUUUCGCUAAGCCAUUUCCAACUCGCUGUGGCGACAAAGACCAUCGAAGAGUUGCGCGAGAAGCUGAGUUUCUACGAGAAUCGCCGUCAGGACAUUGCACAGAAACUGCACAGCGUAAUGGAAGAUCAGUGGCAGAAGGCGCUGAAGAUUCUGGGCAGUCCUGCCAUCGAGGAGCCUUCCAGACAGCCGGCGUUCUUCCAGGCACCUCGAGAAGACCCUCUGCAGGAUCAAAUGCAGGCCUAUAUGAAGAUUUUGCUGAAGAAGUCCUUGUCAGAAAUUGCCCAAGGCGACCCGACGAGGGAGAAUCCAGAGCAGAGGAACGACAAGACUCCGUCUAAGAGAAACAAGCAGCGACCUUGGCGCUAAAAAGCUUCUU